AUGAAGUUUUUCAACAAUUUAAGAGUCUCUUGGUUUAUACUAGGCAUAUGUUUAUUAUUUCAAUUAUCAAAUACAUCACCAGCUCCUCAAUCUCAAGUCCAAAGCGUUACCAAUCCUGAUCAUUCUCAGAUUAAUUACUCAAAUGAACUUUCAAUUGAUCAUCAAAUAACCAAAACCAUGGAUAUUAACAAUUCGAAUACACUGGAGGUUCAUGAUGAUGAUGAACAUUAUUCAUUAGAAUCAAGAUCAGAUAAAAAGAAAUCUAAAAAGAACAAGAAAGCCAACAAUUCUGAGAAAGAUCAUAAAGAUGAAUUCAAUGAACUUCAUCUAAUUUGGAUUGUUCCAACCAUUAUUGUUCUGGUGACUUAUUCAAUAAUGUUUCUUUGCGAGAAUUAUGAAAAGGGUACCAAUAAUAAUCCUUAA